AUGUCAUCUGCUAAUCUCAUGUCUCGUACUCCCUCGACGACCACGCCGACCUGGCACCAGUUCGAGCGGAAGGUCGACGAGGUGAAGCCAUCCAAAACUGACAUCAAUUACCUGGUCAUGGACUAUCUCAUCACCAAUGGAUAUCCCGCUGCUGCAAAGAAGUUUGCAAUCGAGGCCAAUAUCCAACGCAGACCAGAUUUGGAAUGUAUUCAGGAACGGGUGGAAAUCCGAACCGCCAUUCACUCUGGAAAUAUUCAGUUGGCGAUUGAGAAGAUCAAUGAUCUUAACCCUCAGAUUCUUGAUAGCGAGCCACCUUUGCACUUUGCUCUGCUGCGUCUGCAGCUGGUUGAACUAAUUCGAACUUGCACGUCUACUCCGAAUGGUGAUAUCAGUCCGGCCUUGGAUUUUGCAACAUCGCAGCUAGCACCCCGUGCGACAACCCGGCCCGACUUUCUCGAGGACCUCGAGCGCACUCUCGCGCUCUUGAUAUUUCCCAGCGACAACCUGUCACCCUCUCUCGCCUCCCUUCUAGACCCAAGCCUUCGUAAAGACAUCGCCACGCGCGUUAACGAGGCUAUUCUCCAUGACCAAGGUGCUGAAAAAGAGGCCCGUCUACGCAGACUGGUGAAACUCCGUGCGUUCGCAGAGACAAAGGCCCGUGCCGCCAAGAAGGAUAUUCCUGACAAGCUGGAUAUCGGCCUCGUUAGCGACAGCCAUGACAACAGUAGCCUCAACAGUAACAGUAACGAUCCCUACGCUGCCCAGAAUGGUGCCACUGAUACUAUCAUGGCCAACAACGGCGAUACUCCUAUGGUUUCAUGA